UCGUUUUUCUAGUUGUUGUUUUUUUAGUUGUUAUUUUUUCUCCUAUCGAUGCUGUCGGUCGAAAGUGUGCGAUAGAUCGUGCGGAACAGAGCGGUGAUGUGUGUGCGUUUCUCGGGCAAAUCGCAGGAUUAGCACUCCUUUUAUCAGAUGCCCCUAGUGAUUAAGUCAGAAUAUUCAAGUGUUCGAUGAUUGAAGUACUCUCUGUGAAAUUUGACAUGCCUCAACUGCGCUCCCAGCGUGAAUUGGAAGUUGCCAGUCCUCACUGAAAGAUUGUCUGUUCUGUUACCCCACGAAGCGGCCAUGUUGAUUUGUAGCUAGCAGAACACUUAAUGGUUAUUUCACACAACUAGAAAACCUCAACAGAAUGCCCAAAUGCAACCUCAAGACCAGAUACAUACCUGCUACCUUUGCCUGGACCCUCCUCCUUGUUGUAACAGCUCUCUUCUUCUAUUUCCCGUGCCAGUAUUAUUAUCAACAUUUGCGAUGGAUUCCUCCACUUCAAGCUGUUAUGACAUUUUUUGUGAUAGCCAAUUUUACACUUGCAACAUUUAUGGACCCUGGAGCAAUACCAAAAGCCCCUCCUGACGAAGACAAAGACGAUGAUUUACGCUCCCCACUUUAUAAAAAUAUAGAGAUAAAUGGGAUUACUGUUCGGAUGAAAUGGUGUGUGACAUGUAAAUUUUACCGCCCUCCCCGAUGUUCACAUUGUAGUGUUUGCAACCAUUGUAUUCAUACAUUUGAUCAUCACUGCCCUUGGGUCAACAACUGUAUUGGCCGUCGCAACUAUCGUUAUUUCUUUUUCUUUUUGGUCACGCUUAGCGCACAUAUGGCCAGCAUAUUUUCACUCAGCUUAGGAUAUGUUCUUUUCCAUAAAAAUUCUCUCCACCAAAUAUCUGUUAUUGUUUCUAUGAUCAUUAUGGGUGUCAUUGUCCUUUUAUUCAUUCCCAUAUAUGGUCUCACGGGAUUCCACAUGGUGCUUGUUGCAAGAGGACGAACUACAAAUGAACAAGUAACUGGAAAAUUCAAGGGCGGGUAUAAUCCCUUCUCUCGAGGCUGUCUUGGUAAUUGUUUUUAUUCAUUAUGUGGACCACAGUAUCCUAGUCUUAUGCACCCUAAAAAGUAUACUGGCAAAAGGAAAAAGCAUGCUCAACCAACUAUAGCUACAGUUGAAAAUGGUGAAAAUCAAGUGAAAACAUACAUGGACAACAGCAAUGGUGUAAGAAAUCCCAGCUCUAAUGCAUAUAAUAAGCAACCCAAGGUGCUGGGACAUUCAACUUUGGAUUCUUUGUCGCCGGGUCGAGAUGGGUCAGACACUGACAUGGAGCCCACAGCAUCACAAUCUCAGGACUGUGAACCUACUCCACCCUUGCAGCGACAUGGUUCAAAAAACAACUUUUAUCUUCCAUCUGUGGACACCUCUGGACAAGGAGGUGAUUCUCCUCGGCAUCCUCUGCAACUACGUGGAGGAUAUGGAAUGCGCAACAGCCCUCAUCCUACACCCCAUCCGCUAGCACAGCAGCACCAAAGGCCUUCAUCUAGAAGUCACACACCAGACCCUCUCUCACCCAGUCCUACAAUGCAACAAAGGGUCAAAGCUAUUGGAGUUGCAACACCACUUGCCAUGUCCAGCCCUGUUCGCAGGUCCAAUCCCGGUACUCCAACACAAGCUAGACGCCCAGACUUCAUCAGUGUUGGGGGUGCACCCCCUAUGUACUAUGAAAUCCAGUCACAGCCGAUGGUUCACCAAGGUGGAGGACCUCCUCAGGGUUAUGUCCAAAAUAAUUAUCCUCAGCAAGGAUAUACUCAUUCAGCUUAUAGUCAAGGUGGCUAUGGCAGCCCACAACGACGAUUCUUAUCUGAGGGCGAGUUGGUGAGGCAGGGAGAACUUGCUGCUUACUCAAGAGCUAACAAUACCUCAGAUAAUAUACGUGAGUUAGCUGGCUCUCCACAGCGCGGUGUCUAUAUGUGGAAAGAUACGCCUUCCAACAGUUAUACACAUCAGCAGCAACAGCAGGCUCGCAUGCCUGGCCCAUCAGGGCCUUAUGAUUAUUAUCGAUCAACUCCUACAAGUCCAACUCAGCAGCAGCAACAACAACAGUUGCAGCAACAGCAAUCGCAGCAGCAGCCACAGUAUAGACCAGCACACUAUCCACCUGUUAGAGGUGGUGUGCCCGUGCUACCUCCUGCACAAUCUCCUCAGCUCAAACGCAAAAAUAUGGCAACUCCGACCACACCUACCUCAUGUGAUGCUCGCCGUAGGCCCAUGUCAUUUGUCAGGGCGUUAGAAAUGUCAGACUCUAUGGAAAAUAAUUCUAAUGCUGCUGGUACUCCUCGUACUGAACACAGAAGGGGAACCACGCCCACACCUGACAGAGCCAGUGUAUAUGACAUGAACUACGAGAUCUCAGUUUAGGGAAUGUAGUCAGCCUCAUGAAAUGUGUCCAGCAGCGAGUCAUGUCCUGGCGCAAUCUCCAUAUUUUUAUUCUGAAAUUAUUUUACAUACCAUAUAGACUAAAUAUUAUUUAUUUUAUCUUUGUUUAGUUUUUUAUGUGAUUCAUUGACAUACCGGAUAGAGCAUUAAUGCCCAAUCUUGUAUCAUAUUGUACAAAUACAAAUUUGUCCCACACAUUGAGUGGAUAUAUCUUGCCUUCCCACUCUGUAUAUAAUGAUAGUUAAUUUUAAAAUGUUGAUGUGCAACUAAUGUUGUGUGAUUAUUAAUGGAAUGCAAUCUGUACAUUUAUUAAAAUUUUUGCAACUAAUGUUGUGUGAUUUGAGAUUUGUAAUCAAAUGAUAUCUGUACACUUAUUUAGUUACACAGAUUGAAGUGUUGUUAGCAAGCCAAGAAACAGUAAUCAAAUGUCUGAUUUUGUAAAUUAAGAAAUGAAAUUACGUAUGUUGAUAGUGACCCAUCGAAGGGUUGUAACUGUGUUCCUGACUGUUUUCCCCAAACUGUUCCUCUUAGAUAAUCUUUGUUAAUUCCCUGGAUGUUACAUGGUGUGUUAUAUUUGUUUCAUGUGCAAGUAUGUUUAUGGAAAUCGCCAAAUUGUUACACAAAGUUACUGAUUUUAGAAGAGACAUUUCAAACUUCUGACAGAUGUUGAAUGUUAACCCCCAAUGCCCAUUUAGACAUUGAGUGGGAACACUGUACCUGGCUUCCUGUAGAAUAGUUUUCCUGUUUUGUACUUGCCCCCCCCCCCCCCCCCUAUUUUAUGUGUUUGUGUAGCUUUACGUACUACAAUGACUAAAUUUUGGGAUCUAGCUUUAUUGGAAAGUGCCAAUGUUUUGCAAUAUUCAACGAACUUAGUUUCAAUCAUUUGCAUCAGGAACUUUUCUUGUGUCUAGUACCAAAUCCCUUUCCUUAUAAGACAACUUUGUUAGUGUCAAGUGAGUUUCAACUUCCUAAUUUUGUUGUCUUUUAACUGACUAUAAAGAAUCAUUGAGCAGUAUUAGAUAAAAGUGAUUUCCUUUAUACCCAUGGUCAAUUCAUUUCAUAACUAAGGAAAUUGCAAAGCAAAUUUUGGCACUACUAAUAAAAAUGAUAAUGUAUAGAUUAUCCAUUAACUCACUGGUUCUAAGCUGAAUAUGACUUCCCUGGUUGGUUUGGACAAGCUAAUGUCCAACUGCCUGAUGAUUGUGGAGCCUAUUUCAUACUAUUCACUACAGUUAGCCUGUUCAAAAUUAGCAUGUUCCUUUCAAAUAACACUAACUGAAAAAAAAAAAAAAUUUCAACAGGUUUUAUGGAAAUUCAAAAGUUUGGAGGGAAUCAAGUCAAUAUCAUUUUUUUAGUGUUAUGUACUUGGACUAAACUUUAAGUAACAGAAAUAUGGGGAACUCCUAAGGGACAAACUCUGGGAUGGUUUUUGUGUGUUUUGUCUGGUGCCAGAUUCUCACUAGUCAGGGAGGAGGGAGCAAAUAUGGGCUGAGUUAUUAACUCCAAUUUUUAAAAUAAAAAAUUUUACCACUUGGAAAAAUGUCUUUUCUCUUGAUCUAUUAAUGUACAAUCUUUCCAAAAAUAAAAUGUUUUGUAUUUAAAUUUCA